CCUAUAUAGUUUAGUCGUCAUUAACCGGCUCUAAAGUUAACAUCAGUCUGUACUGUGUCUGACGCCUUUCUUAAUUAUUUAAAAUUAUAAUUUUCAUAUAUAAAUACGUGGUGUUUUCAUUGCAUUAUUUGAAAUGUAUUCAAUCCUGAAUUCGGCAAAAGUUAGUAUCGUAGUGUCGUGUAAUAUUUAUCCAGCAUUAUACAGGAAUCGACACAUAUGUGACUGAAAGUUGCGGUAGUGCUGGUUGUUAUUACGAUAAUAUUACUUACGAGUAUUGUUAAAAAAAUUUUAAUAUUUUUUUAUUUUCUGUUAAUUUUAUAGUUGUAAAAAGUAACAGAUUAUCGUUUCAGUCAUAUUAUUUUCUUGAACAUUUAUAUUUUUUUCUGGUGUAUAAUCAAUCUCAAGUACUCAGUGAAUCAAAUUUUUUUGGAUUAUAUAAAAAAAACAAAUUUUGCAAUAUACUUUCAUCAAUGUGGGAAAACGAAGGCUUCAGUACGAUGGAAGAACCGCUGGGCACUGUAGUGUCGGACGAUGUUUGGAAAAAGUUCGAGUUGGAUGCACCUGUACUUACAGACAGCAAUCAUCGCGAACGUUUAUUUGAGGAUUGUAGUGCCGAAUCAAGUGACAACAAAAAUUGUUUAGAUUACCCAGAAAUCCGUCAUCAUGACUGCAUGUGGGCAGGAUUGUGUAUAAGUAAAGAACACAAUAAAAUACUAUCCACCAAAAAAGAUAAAAGUUUUGCACACAAAAUAGUGACGGCUAAUCGAAGUUUAUUGAUAUCGAAAACUUCAUCUGCUUCAACAUUUCAUCAAACACAAGAGCAAUUUCCUACAAAAAAUCAGCAUCCACAAAGAAUUGACAAUUUAGAAAGUGAUGGUGAUUCAACACGUCCGGAAACGUCCCAAAGUUCUUCCGAGUCUGACACAGACAGUGAACAUGAUGUACCAAUAUUUAAGCACGAUCAGUUUAGCAUUAAUGACAAAUUGAUUGAGUGUAUGUCAGCACCUGUGAGCGAGGUCACUGGACAGUGCGUCAGAAGUUCAUCGAAUAUAAAGGUUGAGGUCAAUGAAACAGAUGACAAUGAAACAGAUGACAAUGACAAUUCUAUUGAUAUUAGAACUAAUGUCAAUACAUCGAAACAAACAGAGAUUAGUAAUACCCUCAAUGAUCACUGUUAUUACAUAAAUCAUCAAAAUAGUAAAAAAGUAGAUUAUUUAGGUGUCCAAACACCAUCUGAUUCUGAUGAAGAAAUUGAUGUUGUUACGUUCGAGAAGCCAGCAGCUUUACCUACUCUUCCAAGUACAGUAGAUCACAAAGUCUUUCAGUCAACAGUGAAUACUGUUCUGAAUGACAAACCUGUGCCAAGACCACGAGGUAGACCACCGAAUGUCAAUCGUAAACGUCCGGCACAAAGUCAGGCACAAGAGCAAAGACCCGCAAAACGGAUAGCAGUGCAAAGAUCGUGUCAAAAGAAACCUCUGAAAGUAUCCAAAAAUAGCCCUCUACCCUCAACAUCUACAGAUAUAGUGAAGUAUACACCACCAUCGAUAGGUACCUCUGAUGACGAUGAACCUGACACUGAUAAAAGAAAUCUUCAUAACAACAUGGAACGGCAAAGAAGAAUAGAACUGAGAAAUGCAUUUGAUGAUUUAAGAUGUUUAGUACCAGAGCUUAAAAUUAAAGAAAAAGCACCAAAAGUUGCAAUUUUACGUCAAGGAGGGAAAUUUUGUAUUAAAAUAAGAGAACUCGAAGAAGAAUUGAUUGCAGAAAAAAUAGAGUUGAAAAAACGUCAAGACAAAUUACGGACAAAAUUAAGUUAUUUAAGAAGAUGUUUAGCAAAGAAACGUUAAAAAUUUAGUACUGUAAAAUAUUUUCAAUGGUUGAUAAAUAUCUAUAACGAUAAAUAUUUAAAUUAAUUACUUGGUAUUUAUAGUAGUUAACAUCAAUUUAAAAUUUUGAUAGAAAAGUAGGGUUGAAAGAAUUUAAAAACUUUCAUAUCCGAUCUUAGUUCUUUGGUACUUUACUGGUUUUUGGUAACUUUUUAAAUCUUAUCAUAAAGUUUUUAAAUAUAAAAGAACCGAUAACAAAUACGCUUUUGAAAUAUAAUUUUUUUUAAAUUUAUAAAAUAGUAAUAACGAUUCUGAUAAUUUUUCUUGGAAUUGUUAUACUAUAUUUUUAAACUCAGGGAUCCAAAGACUCUAUUAAUGAAAGCGAGCUCGGAUCAACGAUUAAUUGGCUAUCAUUGUUAACAUAAGUAACUUUUGGUAUACGAGCAUUUAUUGUGGUUGUACAGUGUAAAAAUAUUCUAUUUAGAUGAGUGUUUUAAAUUGAUAGGUAGUUUUUUUGUCGUAACUAUCAAUUUUUCAGGUCUGUUAUAACUUAAUAAUAAUGAAUAGCUCAAAAUUGGGGGUUUAUAUGCCACAUAUAAUUAAGAUCAUAAAACUAAUUUACAACUUAGUAAGAUAAAUCUCAAUUUAUGUCCUCCAAUUGAUAAAAAAUGUUAUUUAGAUUUUUACAAACCUUUUAUAAUCCAAAAAUUAUAAGAAUAUAAUUAUUUGCGACUGAUUUGAAGUAUGAAAUGUUUACUUUUUUUUAUUAAUAAUUAAAAAGGGACACUUUGUAAAACCCCAAUAUAUGAAACGAUUAAUUAUAUUUAUAGUUAAAAAUAAAAUGUGGUUGAGCCACCUUUUAUAAUAGUUAGAUAUUUCAUACAUUUUUGUUUUCUUUUUCUGUUUAUUCAUUAAACGACAGUCGCUGUGCGAUGUUGUGGCAGCGAAUGGUAGUUAGAUAUUGACAGGCUAGCCAAUAAUAUAUAUUUUAUAUGAAACAAAAUACUACGCUUUGAAUAUCAGAAUUUAUUUUUUUCUAUAAAUGGAAAUGAAUGAAAAAAGAAAGUGGUCAAAGAGUUUUUAAAAAGUAAACUCAACAAUGAGUUAAUUUUUGUCUUGUUAAUCUCGGUCUCUUGUUAUUAAUUUUUUUUAUUUUUUAUAUACUAUAUAUAUAUAUGUAUAUAUAUA